AUAUUUUUAUCAACUUCUCCGCAGUCUAGUUUCUGUGUUUGCAUAGUAAUGAUCUGCAUUUUGACCCAACACUUUAAUCUCAAUAGAAUCCUUCUACUCUCAAUCGGCUUAUGGCCAGAAAACUCAAAAUUUCGUCGAGUUCAAACAACUUUGUGUUUUAGUAUUUUGACAAGCUUUGUUAUAUUCCAGUUCACAGCAUUGAUAACUACAAAAUGUACUGCUGAUUUUAUUAUCAAAAUUUUUUCUUCCGCAACAUUCUUUAGCUUUUAUAUAAUUAAGUACAACAUGUUCUGGAUUAACACUCAUCAUAUAAGAAAUUUGUUGGAGCAACUACAGUAUCUCUGUAAUGAAUUAAAAGACGAAAACGAGUUUGCAAUCAUCAAAAAGUAUGGAAAUAACUCAAAACAUUGUACAGUUGUAUUGACAUUGUUCACCAUAUGCUGUACUUUUUUUCUUAUUUUACUGCCAAUUUGGCCACAGAUCCUUAGUACUGUCGUGCACAUAAACGAGUCUCGAAUACAGAGACAGGCAAUACAAAUCACGACUGAAUACUUUUUCGACCAGGAAAAAUAUUUCUAUUUAAUUUUACUGCAUACAAGCGCAGUUAUUUGUAUUGGGGCGACUACAUUGGCAGCGACGGGAACAAUGCUCUUAGGAUGCAUCAUACAUGCCUGCGGAUUGUUUAGAAUUACAAGUUAUCGUAUGGAACAAAUAAUGACAACCAAAGUGUUCCAAAAUAUUAACUUGAAGAAUAGAACCACGAUAUGUAACAAAAUAUUUUAUGCCGUCGAAAUCCAUCGCAAGACUAUGAAAUUCACCAACUUUUUAUUAACUAAUUUUCAAGGCUCGUUCUUGUUUAUAAUAGCGAUAACUGUAACCUCUCUGAGCCUGAAUAUAUUUGCAGUUUACCGGAGCGCAUCGCUUGGAAAUAAUGAAGCUAUUUUAUUACACCUUAUAAUUAUAAUUAUCAUCCUUUUAUAUAUGUUUAUAGCUAAUUAUGCCGGGCAAGAAAUUACAAAUUACAGCAAUCACGUAUACUUCACAGCAUACAAUAUUCAAUGGUAUAUGGCACCGUUACAUGCGCAAAAAAUGAUACUUUUUAUUUUGCAAAGAAACAGUCAAGUUUUUAAUUUAAAUGUCGCCGGACUGUUUGUAUCAUCACUAGAAUGUUUUGCCAUGUUAACAAAAGCAUCGAUGUCUUAUUUCACCGUAUUAUAUUCUAUGCAGCAAUGAUGCAAAAUUAUAUCAUCUGACAAAAAUCGGCCAGAAAAUAUUUUUUUACAUUUGAAACAGUAAAA